AUGGCAUGCCUGUGUCGACUAGGCGUGGCAUGGCUGUGUGGACUAGGCGUGGCAUGCCUGUAUGGACUAGGCGUGGCAUGGCUGUGUGGACUAGGCGUGGCGCAUCGCUUGCCGUGUUCAGACAGCGCUUACUUCCUCUUUGUCUCGGCUGCAGACGGCAGGCCCGGCACUGGUUCUGGUUCUGGUUCUGGUUGGGGCUCUGCAGCGCGGCGUGGACCUGCCGAGCGGACGAGAUUAAUGGUGCGUGUGAUGCGGUCAGAGCUGGGUCUGUCAGGACCGCGGUGCUGGCCUCGUCUCUGUCUCAUUACCGCGCUGCUCUCUUUGAUCUGGUUCCCCCGUCUCUACCUGCACUACUGCAGCCAGUGGCUGUGCCUACAGGCCCUCAGCGUGCCCGUCAACAAGUUAGAGUUCCAUGCUCACACAGUGGAGCUGGUGUACCAGGGCUCCUUGCUGAGUGCCUGGGAGGAGAUGGCCGUGAUGCUGCUUGGUCCUCUGACCUUGAACGCAGUUCUGCUUGUGCUGUUCCUGAUCAGAUCGGUCUGUCAGACAGCGUUUGGCUCACACUUCUCCGUCCUGUCAAAGUUUAUCAUGGCUGUGGGUGUGUGGACAGUCCUCCACCCCCCGGCACUCUUUGCGGUGGAUGCAGUCCUAGGGCGUCUCUCGUACAGCGCUGAUAAGCCAGUGGCAGACGCUGCCAAACUCUACUGGCACUUCUACAGGACGGACCAGUCGGGCGCUGCUGGCAUCAUAAUCACCCUCUUCCUCUACACUGUACUGCUCGUCCUCUCUGUCACCAUGCUCCAAAUCCACUUUAUCAGGUUCCACAAUGACGGACAGAUGCUGGACGUGUACCAGCGUCUCCGCAGCACAGAGGGAGCCUUCUUUGUCCCACAUGAUCUGGAGCUGUCCAAUCAGGAGCUGAGUUACAUUGUGAAGAAGGCGGAGCAGUGGAGGGGGUUUAACGGUGAAAGACGCAAGGUGGCAGUGUAUGACUACAUCUGGACAGAGGAGGAGCCCCCGGGGGGGCAGGAGCGCCCUGGAGGUGCGGCUGCCGUGGUGGGAGAGACCAGCACCCACGUGUCCAUCUACACGCUUCACCUGAGCGGCCUGAGAGAAUGUUACAGACACUUCCUCCGCCAGCCGGACGGAGCAAUCAUAGAGGUGAUUGGAGACAUGGACUGUGCAGAGCUCCAUUUGAACAUGUCUGCUAAACAGAAGGAGGGAGAGGAGGAGGAGGAGAGGAUGAAGAGUCGUACAGACCUGCUGAGGGAGAGGAGGAGGAGACAGCCAGCCUGGCGUUCUAACAGAGUGGAACCACUGGGAGGAAAUGACCAGAACUCUAGUGCUGCUUUGACGGAUCUUCUUCACCAACCCUAA